CCGUUGCAGCGAGCAGCUUGCUACUCCCGAGGACGUUGUGUCCUCUCUUCUGGACUUGAGCAUGCUCCAGGCUCGUCAGGAGCGACUCACCCUCCAUGUCGCUGCACUGCGUCGCCUUCUCACCAUCCUCUCUGACCCUGAUCGCACCCUCCUGAUCAUCCCAGUACGACUCGGGACCUCCACGAGGGUGUACUCAGCGCUAUGGGAUUCCGGUUCCCAGGGGGACUUCAUUCACCCAUGCAUGGUGAAGGAAGCCCGCUUACCCACGACAGGGUCUCCAACUCCCAUCUCCGUUACCCUAGGGGAUGACAAGACUCAGCGCUUCUUCGAUCGGACGGUCACCGACCUCCCCUUCUUCCUCACUCUCGAGCCGACUGAUCGUUCCCCGGCGUCUCGUCGCCACCGCUCCUCUACACAUUUCGAUGUGAUGGAGACGGGGUACGACUUCAUUCUCGGCAUUCCGUGGUCUCGUCGGUUCCGCAGCACCGAGGCCGAUUGGGCGACCAACACUCUCGUUCUCAAAACGAAGUGUGGACAGACGUAUCGCGUACCUUUCAUAGGUACCACGGCGACACCACGCCCCGAUCCUCCUCCCCCGGAGUCUUCAGUGCCCACACCAUCUCCCUCUAUCACUGUCACCUCGCCUCGGCAGUUCGCUCACUUUAUUCGACAGGACGACGUCGCAUUCUUUAUGGUGGACGUGACGGAUCUCUUACACUAUGAUCCACCCUGUCCCGACGCCGAGCUCAUCCCUCUGGAGCCAGAUCCUCCCUCUAUCUCCAUGGCUCCCAUCUCUACUUCCGUCCCUCCGCCGUCCGUCGAGUCCACCCCGCCGUCGCGCGCUGACACUGACGCUGAGGAACUCGCACGAUAUACGGCUGACCUGGAGCCCGCAAUUCGUGACCUCAUCCGAGAGUACCACGACGUUUUCCCAUCGUCGUUCUUAUACGCCAGCAUCCCACCGAUGCGUGACGUUGAGCACUUCAUUCAGCUUGUGUCUGACUAUCGUGUUCACCACCAGGCACCCUACAGACUCUCGAUCCCCGAGGCCACCGACCUCAAGCGUCAGCUUGAGGAGCUCCUGAGACUGGGUUUCAUUAAACCCAGCAACUCCCCGUGGGGUGCACCCGUCCUCUUUGCUCGCAAAGCGGAUGAAACUCUCCGUUUCUGCAUCGACUAUCGCGGUCUCAACCGCUACACGGUUAAGAACAACUACCCUAUGCCUCGUUCCGAUGAGUUGUUUGACCGCCUAGCAGGCAACCGCUUCUUUACGAAGAUUGAUCUUCGUAGCAGUUACCAUCAGAUCCGCGUCGCUGCAGCCGACCAGCCGAAGACCGCGUUCCGAUCGCGAUUCAGCCACUACGAGUUCACGGUGAUGCCAUUCGGCCUCACUAAUGCUCCCGCUAUCUUUAAGAGGGCGAUGAACGACAUCUUCAGGGACAUCCUAGAGCAGUACGUUCUCGUCUACCUCGACGAUAUCCUGGUUUACAGCCGUACCCUUGAGGAGCACCUCAGACACCUCCGCGACGUCCUUGACCGCUUGCGCAGACAUGGCUUCUACGCCAAGCUGAGCAGGUGCCGCUUUGCCCAGCAUAAAGUGGAUUUCUUAUGACACUACGUGUCCGACCAGGGUCUCCACAUGGACGACGCGAAGAUCACUGCUAUUGCGGAGUGGCCUGCUCCCACAUC